CGAGCAUAUCUUUAGAUAAAGCUCUUCUAGCUCUUUUACAUCUUCCACCAUGAUAUAAUCUGAUAGACUCUGACUUCUGCUUCAAGAUUUUCUUCUUUUUAGCAUCCUUCCAUAUUCUUACCAACUCUUGCUACAAAUUCUCCUAAUGGGUAGCCGAGCACAAAGAUUCACACGAACGGCCGCGGAAGUUAACAUGACGGCAUUCGAGAAAGCCAAGAUCUGGUUCGAAACUGCGUCCAUGGAAGGCUAUGAUGGUCACGACUCAAUGCUCCCAACACAUCUAACCCUCCUGUCCGCUGACUCUUCCCCCACGCCCUCACAUCCACAUCAUAGCACCUCCGUCUUCUCUCUCACAAUCCCUAGCACACUAUGCAACAUGUCUGGAACCCUGCACGGCGGCGCUGUUGCCCUCAUCUUCGAUAUUUGCACCUCAGUCUCCAUUUCCGCCGUCGCUAGGCCGGGGUUCUGGGACGCGGGACAUGUGUCUCGGACGCUGAAUUGCACGUAUUUGCGGCCAGCGAAGGAGGGCGAGACGGUUUUGGUGGAGAGCGAGGUUGUGCAUUUAGGAAAGAGGAUGGGGGUCGUGAAGGGCACGAUACGAGGGGUGGAUGAUGGGAAGGUGUACUAUACUUGUGAGCAUGGAAAGGCUUGUUUGCAAGCACCGAGGUUGUGAACUCAUCUGACGGGCAGGUCGCUUGAUCCUCGUAUGGGUUGCAGCAUUCGAGAACAUAUGGGAUAGUUGUCACGGUCAUAAUCAGUUCAAUAUUUGGAGAAGAG